UAUUAUUUCUUUAAAAAUAGAAAUAUAGGAAUAAUAGGUGUAGAGUAUGUUAUUGUUACUUGUCUUUGUAUUUCCAUCAUGGUUUCCUGUAUUAUUGUUGAUAAUUGCUGGCUCGUCACUGCUGCUAGCAGAGGUAUAUAUAUGAAUAACUGCACUUAAAAAAUCCAACCAGGAACGAAGACUGACCAUGACUGUUACCUUGGUAACAAUUUUACUCAUAAGGCAUGCCGCAUGAAAUUGCCAUGGCAAACAUUAUAUAAAUUCAUACCCUGAUUAAAUGCAACUGCAGUGCUGGGAAUGGAGCGUCUUUAACAGAAAGAUCGUGAACAUCAUAGAUCCAGAGACUAGGUCAAAGACCUUACUGGGCAUCAGAUAGCUGACCAGCAGAGACUCCUCGACUUAAUCCAUCCCACCCCACAGAGGUGUGCUGGCAGUCGGUCCAGCUGCUUCUAUGGAGCCAGUGGAGCUAGAACAUUAGGAGGAACUUGUGCUCAGUAGCAGUCGAUAAGGCAAUCGAUGCAACAAGUUGCACGGUUAUUGUUACGAUUUAAGGCUUAAUUUAAAAAAAAAAAGCAAGAUAGUCUUUAGAGAUUAACCGUAUAAUCAGUUAGUACUGGUUUGAAUUAGUUUUUCAGAGAACACACGGUGCUUUGUUCAUCAGCAGAAUUUUAACCUCUCUUUUAACAUUUUCCGACUUGGUGUCCUCCCUGUGGUUUAGGUUGAGCUCACACCUACACACUGCAUGUCGCCCAUAUCCCACAGAGCCGUGCCACAUAUAUAACACAUGCCUUCCAGUUGAUUGCAUAUUAUUGAGACGGAACAUAAAGAUAUUUUGGUCUAUCUAUCUAUCCAUCGAUCUCUUUCUUCCCUUCUCUCAAACAAAGGUUGUUAACUUCCACACUGUGGAGCACCCAGAGUUGUCACUCUGAAAGUAUGGUCAGUGUCAAGUCCUGCAAGAUGGUUUUACACAUGAUGUUCUGUUUGUUUUUCAUUGGCAGCUCUAACGUUUGGCCCACGUCAUCGCGGAGCCUCCCUUCUCAGUGAAUUGAUUCCUUGAGAGGUAAGAGUGAACGUUGCUUGUAUAAUCUGAUAUUAUUUGACAUAUAUAAGCAAAAUGUACUUUAGUCUUUGAGUGUUAUUUUUCCAAAAGAAGAAUGACUUUAAAUGUAUUUUGUUGCUGCAUAGAGUUGCUAUGGCUAUACUGCAUGUCCUUUAUGAAGGGGGGAAAAAAAAACCUUUUAGGGAGGUUUGGAGUCAACACUAGGUGGCCUUGUAGACAACCUGCACUGACCAGGCUGUCUGGGUAGAACAUUGGUUGUCUUGCUUAUGAUUUAAUGUUAUCAAGUUAUAAUGCUUUUAAUUUCUAUAUUCAGUUUCACUAUAUCAUGAAAUGAAUACCAAAAAAGCUGACAGGAAAUAUUGCAUAAGGGAUUUUUUUUUUAUAACCAAAUUAUACAAUCGAGAGUCUUUAAGGAAAGUCAUAUUUCCUCUUUUUCAGUAUCACUCUGUUCUCAGACACCUCUGACUCAUUUUAACCUUGUCUUUCUCUCGCGCCCAGCCCUGAGCAUGAAGAGUGAAAUCACAAGCAACAGUGAAAUAACUGCUGUGUAGUGACACACCUCUGUGAUAACUUUUGAAAGGACACUGCUGGGUUCAAGCCCAAUGUAAUCCAAGUAUCUCCCGUGGCUGACUGUGAACUGUGCAUGACCUGUUUGACCCAGAUGAGGAUCGCCAACUCUGUCAGGUCUCAAAGGACAGGGUAUCAAAUUUCAGAUGACACUCCUUGAACUGGAUUUACCACCCCGACGUAGAGGCCGACCUUGAAUGGUGGGAAUGUGAGUCGCAGUUGACUUAAGCCCAUGCCUGAAACAAGAGAAGUGGUUGACACCUUGAUGCGCCUCUGGAGCUGUGGUCCAACAACAACAGGUUUAUUAUCAACAUUGCAUUCUCCUGCUUCAAAGGAAAUGAACGGCCCACCCCUCUACCACCCACCCCUUCCCCAGACCCUGUCUCUACUUCAAAAGCAUGGACACGGCUACUGACGGCUGUAUCCAAUUCACACGCCAUGCGGGUGACGUCCUUCUCAACUUUAACUGCCUCCGCAACAGGAACCUCCUGACCGAUGUCACCAUGCAGGUGGACAGGCAGGAGUUUCAUGCCCACAAGGCCAUACUGGUGGCCUGCAGCGGCCUUUUCUACUCAGUGUUCAUGAACCCUGAGAAUGCAGACCUUAAAGCCAUCAGAUUAGACCCAAAGAUUAACCCUAAGGGCUUCUCCAUCCUUUUGGAUUUUAUGUACACAUCUUGUCUGAACCUUAAGGACAGCCUUGUCCUGGCAACCUUGGACGCGGCAAUCUAUCUCCAGAUGGAACACGUGGUGGAUGCUUGCCACAGAUUCAUCAAGUCUCGGAAACUAUCUCUGAAUGUGCCGACUGAGGAGGUCCAGGCCACUUCAUUACUUCGGGCCACGGAGAUCCCUCUGAGAUCACACAGUGAAGAGUCCGACUUCAGAUCCAAUCACCUAUCAAACAGUCACCUUCACCAGGAGCACAGGGGCAACACCACCAACGUGUUCCGGGGUAUUAACACAUCUGGAUCCUAUCAUGUCUAUGGAGACCUCCCCGUGGAUGGUGUGAAGACUGAAGUCCUACAUAACAUCAAUACCCUUCCAAGUGAAGGGUCUUUAUCCAAAAAACAAUGCCUAGAGGAACCCCAGAUGGACAUUGCCCUCAGCGACUCCACCAGCAUUACCUCCUACCCUGUGACAUCACGCCCAGGUUGCCCCACAACAAUUAUACAAACAGCAGAAGUCCACAGAAGCCCUUACAGACAGGAAGAAAACAACCAGCUUCCACACACCAGGUGCGUAAGGGCAAGUCCAGGCUUCAGUAAAGGGGUGAUCUGCAGCCCCCAAAGCCCACUCAGAUCAGAUUGUCACCCUAACUCCCCCACCGAAUCCAGCAGCAGCAGAAAUGCAACCAUGAGCCUUAAACAACCUUCAGACUACCCCAAAGACUCCAGAGCCCGCAACUGGAAGAAGUACAAGUUCAUUGUUAUGAACCAGUCUCAUAACGAGGACAAUAAAGACAGCGGUGAAGCCAGGUCUUUGUCCCCCAUGUUGAGCCCCUGUAGGAGUAUUGAAGCAAGUGGAGACAGUGAGGUCCAGUCAGAUGAGGGAUCCAGUGAACAAAGAGAGGACCUGCUCAAAUCUCAGAUUGUUGACAGCUGUGGCAGUAUCAGCCAUUGCAGACGCUUCUCCUGCAGCUGUGACAGCCCUCAGUGCAUGGACAUUGGCAAACUUUCUCCAGACUUGUGCAGCAGAGAUGGCAGUACCAAAAUGCACUUGGAGUGUUCGUCCAGCUGUGACAACACAACAUACUUCUGCAAAGCGUGUGACUUCAAGUUCCCAGAUGAUGAUUCUCUAAAAGAACACAUGGCCCAGGUCCACAGUGACAAGCCUUACAAGUGCGACUGCUGCCAGGCUGCCUUUCGCUACAAGGGCAACCUGGCCAGCCACAAGACGGUUCAUACAGGGGCGAAGCCAUAUCACUGCAACAUAUGUGGAGCUCAGUUCAACCGACCAGCCAACCUCAAAACCCACACUCGCAUCCACUCUGGCGAAAAGCCGUACAAGUGUGACACAUGUGGUUCCAGAUUUGUUCAGGUGGCCCAUCUUCGUGCUCACGUGUUAAUCCACACCGGAGAGAAACCGUAUCCCUGUGAGAUCUGUGGAACACACUUCCGCCACCUCCAGACCCUUAAGAGCCACAUGCGCAUUCACACCGGAGAGAAACCGUAUCAUUGUGAAAAAUGUGACCUGCACUUCCGACACAAGAGUCAGCUGAGGCUCCAUCUGCGGCAGAAGCACGGCGCUGUCACAAACACGAAGGCUCAGUAUCGCAGGACACCCACCAGUAUGCCAACUGGCCUGAUGAAGUGCUAAUCCUGCUGCAGUCGGUUAUUGUGUUUCCUCUUGUGCAUUUUAUAUAAAUAUAUGUAAAAAAAACAAACAAAAUCUGUCACUGACACACAGUGCUUUGCAAGUAUAUUCUUGUAGCCCUUAUUGUAUAAGAUUGUAAAAGUUCUCACUUCUAUUGUUGAAUGUACGUUUUUGAAUGUGACAAUUCUGUUUUUUUAUUUUAUUAUUAUUAUUAUUAUUUAAUCCUAUGGAAUGUCAGCAGUAAGCCCUUUUUCUCGCUCUGAUUGAAAGCCACUAUUACAGGUCGGCUUUUUGGUUUUUGUUAAGAUUUUUUUUUUUCCCCUGUUUCUUGCAGUUAUUUUCCGCAGUCUAUGUUUUGUAAAUAAGAUAAUAUAUAUUUCUAGAAUGCCAUCUGCUGGCAGAGUACAAAUAUAUUCGAGUUAAGUUUAUACCACGCACACUGAGCUUCUUUGGCCGUUAAAUGCAAAGAGAGAUCGUCGCAGUUUGUGGUACGUGUUGUCUAAUGCUCGGAUUGCUGUCUGCAUAUUUUCUUAAUAAUUUCCAGGCCCUUGUUAGUGUUUUGCACAUACACAUGAUGCUGUGAUAUAUUUUCAUAUUUUUCACAUUUUUCUACCUAAAAAUGUGUAUAACCUCCCUGUCUGCACCUGCCAAAAUCCUAUUUAUGUGUUUUGUUUCCUUUUCUGUAUGUGAUUCAGUUCGGUACUGCAGUGAAACAGUGCCACCAGGGGAUCAUUUAAAUUAUAUUGUAUUUCACCCAACGGUGCACUUGCAUUCACCUACUUCUUAUAUCAGACUAACCGUUGAUGUAUUUUGUGUUCGACAGUACAAACGCCUUAGCAGAUCUGAUCUGCUCUUGUGAUGCAUUCUCCAUUUGGUACCUUUGCUCUUUCUGUUGUUUGCCGUCAGGUGGGGUACUGUUGUAAAGACUCCUGGUAUGUUGUACAUAGCUAAAAUGCAGAUAAUACCAGGCCUCAAGCUAAAAAAAAAAAAGCUCAGGAAUAUAAGAAAUAUGUAAGCAGAUAUUUUGUAUUACAUUCAUGAAUGUGUGUAUAUAUACAAAAAAAUUAAAAUUUGAGGGACAGAAACUA